AUGACCUGUUGAUGUCGGUAAAAUGGAGUAUAGCAGUGGGAGUCAUUUCCCCAUCCCAAAAAUAUUUAAAUAAAUACGAUUUGGAAUUGAUAGCGGACACCGUGGGACAACUGUCAACCUCAUCGAUACAGUUUGUGACAAUCGGUUGUCUUUAAUUAUUCGUAAAUCGCGGAAGCAGCGGAUACUGUGCGGUUGUCUGAGUGCAUGAGGUGGAUGGUGCGCUGGGGCGAACCCAAAAUAUUUUAGCAGUGCUAUGUUAGCUUGCUAGUUUAGCUAGCUUAGCUAGUCCUGACAGGCACCCGAUUCACAGGCCUGCGGAUGGGAUGCGUAUAUUGCAAUGAAAGACGGGACUAAAAGCGACAGAUGUGGACUUUUUCAAACUGAUUAAAAUCCGUUAUUAUAUCGAUAUACUUUUUUGAAAGCUGGCAAACGCCGUGGCGCUCCUGGAUCGCGUGUUGUUGCAUUCACUGCCAUUCUCUGCCGCCCCCCGGCCCGUGCCAGUGGAGCACUCCGAGCGGGCAGACUGGCACACGGCGCGGCGGUCAUCUCCGUACACAGACAGCUAUCGCCGCCGUUUGAUAUUGCAUCCUGGUUAAAACGCAACUCACGGGAGAUACAAUUUGUAGCUAGUAACAGCUAGCUAUCACUUAAGAGACCCUGUGGUGGUGUGCGUAGCGCACCAUGGCCCAGACCCUUCAGAUGGCGAUUCCUAACUUUGGCAACAACGUCCUGGAGUGUCUGAACGAGCAGCGUCUCCAGGGGCUCUACUGUGACGUCUCCGUGGUCGUCAAGGGACACGCCUUCAAGGCUCACCGUGCCGUGCUUGCGGCCAGCAGCUCUUACUUCCGGGACCUGUUCAGCACUGGGGGAGGCAGUGGCUCCAAGACCCCCACGGUGGUGGAGCUACCCCCUGCCGUCCAGCCCCAGAGCUUCCAGCAGAUCCUGGCCUUCUGCUACACAGGCCGCCUCAGCAUGACGGUGGGGGACCAGUUCCUCCUCAUGUACACCGCAGGCUUCCUGCAGAUCCAGCAGAUCAUGGAGAAGGGCACUGAGUUCUUCCUCAAGGUUUCCUCGCCCAGCUGUGACUCCCAGGGCCUGCAGGCCGAGGACGCUCCGCCCUCCGAACCCCAGAGCCCCGUCACUCAAACCGUUGCCGCGGGGACCAGCAGUCGGCCCGCCUCCUGCCUUACGCCCCUCCCCCUCGUGUCGCGGGUGAAGACGGAGCAGCAGGGCAACCAAUCAGAAGCCUCGCCCUACUCGGUGGUGUGCACCCCUGUGGCCAAGCGCUUGUGGGAGGGCGGCAGCAGCCGAGACGGGGGCGGAGGGGGCUCAGGGGGAGGCGGGUCCAGGAAAGCCGCCCGCUUUUCCCAGGAGUCCGUGCGAGGGAGUGCCAUCCAGAGCUCGGGGGCGCUGGCACUGGCCAUGGGGAUGGGCGCCAGCGGGGCGGGGCAAGGAUCAGGGGUCGGGGGUCACGGCAGCGGGUCCAACGGGAGUGUGGUCUCCAUGGGCAACGUGGCAUCGGAGGGCGCCAGCCCGGGCACGAUGAGCGCCUACACCAGUGACUCACCUAUCAGUUACCAUGAUGAGGAGGAAGAGGAGGAGGUGACGGAGGACCAGACAGAGGAGCAGUACAGGCAGAUCUGUAACAUGUACACCAUGUACAGCAUGCUCAACGUGGGCGCCGCAGCUGGUGAGCGUGUGGAGGCCCUGCCGGACCACUCAGAGACCCGGGGUCGUAUGCGGGGUCGCCAAGACCUGUCGUCUCUCCCCGCUGAGCUCAUCACACAGAUAGGCAACCGCUGCCACCCCAAACUGUACGAGGAGGGUGACCCCGCAGAGAAACUAGAGCUCGUCUCAGGUACGUGUGUGUUCAUAUCUCGAGCCCAGCUGAUGAACUGUCAUGUGAGUGCAGGGACCAGACACAAGGUGUUGCUCAGGAGGCUGCUGGCUGCCUUCUUUGACAGGAACACUCUGGCUAACAGCUGUGGAACAGGAAUCCGCUCCUCCACUAACGACCCCAGCCGCAAGCCCCUGGACAACAGAGUGUUGCACGCAGUCAAAUUCUACAGCCAGAACUUUGCCACGAGCUUCAAGGAGAGCGAGAUGAACGCCAUCGCGGCAGACAUGUGCACCAACGCCCGCCGCGUCGUCCGCAAGAGCUGGAUCCCCAAGCUGAAGCUGCUCAUGGCCGAGGGCGACGCGUACUCCGCCUUCCUCCCUGACGCCAAGAUGGAGGCUGACGCCCUAGGGGCGGAGCCAAGCUUUGAACCCAACUCCCUGGAGGGCGCCGAGACGGGCGGCUCGUCCGGCGAAUCGCUGCAGGGGGUGGGCAGCGACGGAGGCACUUUGUUUUAGAUGGGGAGGUGGAGUACAGAAGUGUUUAGAAGACGACGAUGAUGAAUACCUAUAUUUCCCUGUACUCCCCUCUUUCUUCUCCUCUGGUGGUGUGGCCCACCCCCCUGACCCUUUAGCCUUUUGAUCCUCCACCCCCGACAUGCGACUCUAAAACGUUGCUAGGGGAAACCGGGGUUGUUACCAGGAUGUUAACCAGGAAGUUAUGCUUUAAUUUUGAAAGCGAGAGUCCAAGCAAUCGUAACUUCCAAGAUGGUUUCUACUGUAUGUUGGUAUGGGGGUAGAGAGAGGGUGAUGGGUUUGUGGGGAUGGGGUGUUAUUUUUUUUUGUUCCCAAUUUUUUAGAUUAUCUGUUUAGGUUUUUGAACCAAAUUCCUCCCUCUCCAUAUCAAAACACAUUCCCCUGGUUUUGAAUGUAGAUGUCGGCAGCAUCGCACAAUGUCAGUCUGAACGAUUGUAAACCAACCUCUUGAGGAUAAACAAACCGACAGAAAGAUAACUUACUCUAUGGAUAUGAGAGAGACUGUAGUUUCUCUCUAGAAUGAAAGAAAGAGAAAAGGGGAGGGAGGGAGUGAUAGAGACCCCUACCCCACCAGUCCUCCUCUGACCAGAACAAAAUGAUCAUGCCCUCAGUUUUAAUGUACUGUCUCUCUUCUUGUAUCUUUUAUUAUCACAGCCCGUUUCUCUGUUUGUAACAUGCUAUGGAGCCAGAGAUGGGGACUACAGGUUGUACCAUGAUUGUAAAGAAAUCCAAGGGGAACAGAAAAAGACGGUCAUAUCUUUUGAAUAUGUAUUUAUACAACUGUGGGUGUGUACAGAAAGAAAGGGAUUGGUUUUACAUUUCUGUUGUUUUAUUUAUUUUGAACAGCUGUUUUUGCAAAGAAAGUCCUGCUCCAAAAAAUAAGAUUUAAAAGCAAAUAAGGAAAAGUGCUAUUUUUGCAUAAAAAUAUGGUGUUGAUCAAGUGGUCAGAAAAGUCUUAAAGUAGGGCCUUUUGGGUUUUUUGUUUUGACAAACUAUUGAACUGAAAAAUAUCUGUUUUUAAGACAGAACUGGGCACUUUCUACCUGCGGCAAUCCAAUAUAUCUUAUUAUCUUAUCAUCUUUUCUCUAUGGAAAUGGUCAAGAAGCCUAUCUAUGUGGCUGGACUGUUGACGACGAUGACUGACUGACUAUGUUAUGCUUGCUAGCGAGCUAGCGACACUACUAUGCUAGCUAAACUGCUUACUCGAAAAUCACGGCUAAAUGUAGAAAUGCACAGCUUGAAUCGACUGCUGCAGCUAUCGGGCUAGCUAGCUAACCCCUCCUCCGUGUUGGUUAGUGACGUGCUCCGACGCAAACUACUGACAUCAUUACACAUCAUGAGGUGGUGAUUCAACAACCGGAAAACAUUUAGAAUAAUGGAAUGUGCCUUUUUUAUCGACAUGGGAUAUGCAGGGGUGGGUCCUGCUUAUGUUGAUGUUGGGAAGGAGGGGGUAGAACGGGUGGUAAAAGGUGGUAGGUCGUUCUGCUGGAGACAGAGGUGUAACACACGUGUCCCAAAGAGAGAUGGGGUGAGGUCAGGGGGAUUGGCAUUCCGGUGGAGUGUGUGGGUGUGUUUUUAACAGUCUUUAUAUGUGCGAGAGCAAGCAAUUGUGUUCAUUCCUUGAAUGUGACUGAAAAGCAUAUUUGUUCCUGUGUGAUUGAUGUGUAGGUGAGUGUGCUUUAAGUGUGUGUGUCCUCCACCUGGUAGUGUUUUGGAUUGGUUUAAGACUCCCUCUGCUGGGACACUUGUCUAUGUGGACGAUGACCUACACCAUCUUCCAUACACCUUUGCAAUCAAAAAGAUAUCUUCACAAGUGUCAGUGAGACGCCUUCAGAUAGAAAUGUGAUGUAUAGCGCGGACACAAUUCACUUUUAUCCAUACGGCAGAGAAGCAGGGCCACUCUAUGCAUUACAUUUCUAUGUCCUGAUUGCUGUUGUAUAACUACUCCCUCUCAUGUUUAGAAAAUCCAAAAUGGACAAUGGUGUUUUUUGUGGUUUGACAUGGUUCUGCACUUUCCUUGAAAGGGGAAGUCAAAGCACCUUCCUUGAGAUGUUAAAGUGGAGGUGAAGCACCUUUUUAUAUGAGAUGAACCCAUGGUUCCUGCACCUUUGAUAAAGGGUUUUGAUGGGUCGUGUGGAGAAUCAACCCUAGGGUCAUGCAAAGGUAUGGCCUUGUUCAAAUACUUCUAAGCGGCAUCCUUCCUCCCUUUCCUUGAUGUAAGCACUUCAGGGAAGAGAAUAAAGGAAGGGUGCAUUUAGAGAGUAUUGGAACAUAGCCUGCGUCUCAGAUCUGUGGAUGUGGGAUGCGCUGGGAUGACUCCAGUUGUAAAUAUUGAGAAGACCGUUGAGCUGACUCUUCUACGCUCGUCUAGGAUAGUGAUUUCCUAUGUAGGAUGUUUGUGAUUGUGUAAAAGUGUGGAAGGGAUGAAAGAGGACCGUUUUUAUAUUUUUUUGUUGUUCUUUUUUACUCGGUCUCUCGUGUUGUGUGUGUGUGAGCUCCCAGCAUGCAUUUGACCUAGAGAUCAGAGGUCGGAGGAGAAUGAGGAUGAUGGUUGCUUUGGUCUUAAAGUACUGGCCUAAUGUGCUGCUGAGUUAGUGACUGAAGGGGAGGGAAGAGGGGUGAUGUUGUUUAGGGAGAGAGGUGUCAUGCUACAGACUCUCUCUCCAUCAGAAUGUUGUACAGAAAAAAAUAGUCAUUUUAAAAACAGUUUUUUGUAUUGCUUAUGUUUUCUCUUUUCUCUAAAGAAACAUGUACUGUAGAGACCUAAAAUAAAUGCUACUAAUUGAAGGUGGUGAACGAUUUGCCAACUUCUUGCUGAAGAAAAAACAGGAAAAGGAAAGAAAGAUAACUUUACGACAGCUAGACAGAGCACCGAUAGCUAGACAGAGCACCGUAUAUUUUUCUAUUUUUUUGUGAUGAGGGUUCCAUGAGAGGUUCUUCCAGGGGGAGGAUGAUGGGACAGACUAGGGUACUGUACUGUCUCUUGUCUAUUGGGGGGAAUGAUUUUGGGGAGGUGGGGGGG